ACCUUAUUUAUUGUUUUCUUUUUACAUAGAGAAGAUAAAGGGAUAAAAAAUAUUUCAUUAUCGAUAAGUAUAGGCUCUAUAUAAAUAUGAAACUUAUACUUAUUGAAAAAUAACAAGGAAUAAUAAUCGUCGGUAAUGGUCCUUGUGAAAGCUGAUAUUGUGUAAAUAUGAGAAGCGGUCUCAAGGCAGUUGCACGUGUAUGAUCUGACAUGGCAGCCGCUGAUAUGAAGAAGACCAAAUUGUCUAAAGCUGUUCUUGGUUUAAAGUUUAUGCAACGGACUGUGAUCCGGCUUGAGAAAGAACAGAACGAAGAUGAAAACAACAGACUCAUUGAUGAUGAGCAUUGGGUCAUUGAUCAGCCAGUAGAGAAAUCAGCUCAGAGCUGUUUUGAAAUCAAUCCAAGCUAUGUUUCCUGUGAAGGUCUGGUCUUUGGAAGAAUGUCGUUUUUAGGUUUCAAUCCUGAAAUUGAAAAAUUAAUGAAAAUUGAUGAUUUAGAUCGUGCUGGCAAUAGAGAAGAUGAGACGUCUGUAGGAGAUGAAGAAAUGGCAAACAGGUUCUCACAGAUUGUUCACUCAGGGAAUCUAAAGAAAAGACAUGGUUAUGCAGAGGAUUUGUUAGCAUCUAAUUCUGGUCCUGGUCCUAGAAAGAGAUACAAACGAAAAUUUCUAAAACCUCUUGAUAUAUAGAUGUAUAUAUUUUUGAAUACCUUUUCAACUCUUCCAUUUUUUAAAAACAUAUUUAAACCAUAUAUGUGUGUGUGUGUGUGUGUGUGUGUAUACACACAUACAGAUAUAGAUACAUACCUGCAUAUAUACAUGCACAUACAUUGUCUUUUUCAUUACACACCACCCUUGCACCUUAUACUUAAUGUGUGUGCUAAUUUUGGUGUCUUAUUUUAAAAGAAAUUUUAGAAGAAUGCCUACAACAUUUAUUGAUAGGGAUGCUUGACACUAAUAGUCAAAAUUAUAAAAUUUCUUUUGACAUGCAGGCAAAACUAAUUUUAUAAAUUUGACUGUACUACACACGCACGCAAUUUUUCGCCUAGUAGUGUUGACAGUAUAUAUAUAUAUAUAUAUAUAUAUGUAUAUACACAUACACGAAUUACACCUGGUAGUGUUGACAGAAUACAGACUACCUGUGGGAAGGGACCACAAAUUAAACUGUAUGUAAUAUAUACUAUGUAUGUGUCCAUAUUACUUGCACACUCAAGUUUUCACAUGCACACCUUUUAUUAGUUCAUCCAUCAUUGUAGAUAAUGACCAAAGGCAUCACAUGGGAGAAGAAGAUGGGUCACAGUGUGUCCAACUGUGGCCAAUCAGUUCAAUGCAUGCUUGGAAGGUUCUGCUAUAGGUUGGGAACUAAUGGUUUGCCAGGACUGAAGACAAGGACUUGUGCAGUUUGUGGGGUUUUUUGUACCCCUGCAAACCUCUGUUAGUGCAGCUUUGUCAGGCAGGGCAGUCUUAUCUUAGACACAAAGCUCUUGGCUACAUCUAUGAAGGCUGCACUCAGAAUCACUGUGGUUAGUGGCUAAGGUGAUGAGAAUAGCAUUCUUUUCAGUGUUAGAUUCAAAGUUCCUAUACUGUGGCUGAAAAAACAGAGAGGAUAUUAAUGUUUGGGCUACUUAUGGUUCUUAAAAGUUUUGUCCUCAAAUAGCCUAUGCACUUUGUAUACAUAUACAAUGAGUUUAUUUCAGUUUCCGUCAGACAAACCCACUCACUUUACUCAGUUUAGGGCUAUAGUGGAGGACACCCAACUUGCCGUGCAAUGGAACUGAACCACAGAUCACUUGGUUAGACAGCAAGCUUAUCAACCACACAGCCUCACAUAUAUAUAGAUUUGCGUAUGUUUGUAUGUGUGUGUGUAUGUGCAUAUUUGACUGCAUAAUCAAGUUUACUCCUCUACUGCAUGGUUUUGGGUUCAAUCCUACUUUGUGACACCUUGACCCAUUAAGUCACACUGUCCUAUAAAUAGGUCACUAAAUAAGAACAUUAAAUAAGCUAUAUCACAUUGUCUCAGUGUCCUAUUUAUAGGACACCGAGUAUUUCCAUUUCUACUUGAAGUAAAGAAGUUUUAAUUAUCUU